AUGGCUAACCUACGUACUCAAAAGAGACUUGCCGCUUCUGUUGCCGGUGUCGGUAAGAGAAAGAUCUGGAUGGACCCAUCUGAGACCUCCGAGAUCGCUCAAGCCAACUCCAGAAACGCCAUCAGAAAGUUGGUCAAGAACGGUACCAUCGUCAAGAAGCCAACCAGAAUGCACUCUAGAUCCAGAACAAGAAUGAUGGCUGAAUCCAAGAGAAACGGUCGUCACGGUGGUUACGGUAAGAGAAAGGGUACCAAGGAAGCCCGUUUGCCAUCUCAGGUUGUCUGGAUUAGAAGAUUGCGUGUCUUGAGAAGACUCUUGGCCAAGUACCGUGACGCUGGCAAGAUCGACAAGCACCUAUACCACUCUUUGUACAAGGCUGCCAAGGGUAACACUUUCAAGCACAAGAGAGCCCUUGUCGAACACAUCAUCCAAGCCAAGGCCGAUGCUCAACGUGAGAAGGCUUUGAAGGAAGAGGCCGACGCCAGAAGAUUGAGAAACAGAGCCGCUCGUGAGAGAAGAGCCCAAAGAAUCAACGAGAAGAGAGAAGCUUUGUUGAAGGAAGAUGCCUAA